CCAAAGCUCGGUAAAACAAAAUAAGCUCUCGUCCUCGUCCUCUUCUUCCAGUGUCCGGUGACCGGCGAACGAAAUCCGGUGGAAAUGACGAAGGUACACCCGAACGCCUCCUCCGUCGAGGCCUCCCUCAGGGAGGACUUCUCCGGCAUAUGCUGCGGCGGCGGGGUGCCGGAGACGGCGGUGCUGACGGUGUGGCGAAAGUCGCUCCUCUUCAACGGGAACGGGUUCACGGUCUUCGACGCGAAGGGCAAUCUCGUCUUCCGAGUCGAUAACUACGCGUCGGGGAAUAAGGGGGAGAUCGUCCUCAUGGACGCCGCCGGCAAGCCGCUCCUCACCAUCCGGCGAAAGGGUUUUGAUUCAAACGAAGAAAGAGACGUAAUAAAAAAACUCGGCGACUUAUUUUGGAUCUUGACUCGGUGGUGUUCUCGCGUGCAGAGGCUGAGCCUGGGCGAUCACUGGCUGAUCUACGACGGCGAGGAGGCGGCGAACCCGCGGUUCUCGAUGCGGAAGCACGUGAACCUGCUCCACUCCAAGGCUCUGGCGCACGUGACCCCGUGCCACGGCGGCGCCAAGAGCUGCGUCGGCACCCGCUACGAGAUCGAGGGGUCCUACUCGCAGCGGUGCUGCGCGGUCUACGACGAGCGGCAGCGGCAGCUGGCGGAGAUCAGGCGGAAGGAGGCCGUCGGAGGCGUCGUCUUCGGUGUCGACGUCUUCCGCCUCAUCGUCGAGCCGGGCUUCGACGCCUCCGUCGCCAUGGCCAUCGUAAUCCUCCUCGAGCAAAUGUUCGGUUCUCGAGGUUCACUGCUCAGAGGCUAAAAAAGCUUCUGGAUUGGAACUUGAAAGCAGUCUCUAAAGCUCUGAUCCUCUCUGUUUAUAUGGUGGCUACUGCUGUUGUAGAGAUGGUAGAAUGAAGUUUUCAAAAAGAAAAAGAAAAAGAAAAAAGAUAGGUCUUAGGUGAGAUGGGAUGAGAUCAGAGAAGGAAAACAAAAGGAAAAGACAAAAAAAAGGGAAAAAAGAAACUUUUUUUUGAUGCUUUGGUGCUGUCUGGUUUGCCGAGGAAGAACUUUGGGCGUGUCGUCAGAACGAACUGUGAAACUAUGGUGCCUUUAGUGGUGUAGGUCUUUGUUUAUAAUGAACCGAGCACUAAUGAGGGACAUAAUGAAUAGUUAUACGGUGUAAAUAACAGUGUUCUCCUUUUUUUUGGGAUUUCAACACUUUUCUUUCUUCCUUCU